UGUUGACAUUAGACCGCUGAGCUUGGCGAAGUAGGUGACACGGAUUUCAUUGUUUCCUAAUAUCCACUCGAACUUGGUUUAUUUAAGGUUAUUCGGUAAAAACUACCAUCGCGUGGAUACUUUAAAACGAUUGUCGACAUAUAGUGAGAUUUUUUUUGUCUUUAUAGGUUUACGUAUAAAUUUUAAGGGAGCUAUUUCGUUAGCUCUCUUGGCAAAAUGGCGGCGAACACAGCGCAGCAAGCACCGACACCGAGCUGGCCAUAUGGAGCGAAUUCAAGUGGUGAUAACCCAGCCCACGAGAACCCAGAAUGGGAGAAGGCCCGACAGGCUUUAGCCUCUAUCACUAAAAGUCAGAAUUCGGCAAAGACCGCACAAACUAAUCAGCCCAACCAACCGCCCGGGACGUAUCCAACAACCAUUACAGACUCUUCAGCAAUGCAACAACAGCAGCAGUACUAUCAACAGUGGUAUCAGAGCCAGCAACAGUAUGCUGGAUAUCCAUAUCCAUAUAACUACUACUAUCCUAUGCCACCGUAUGGAGGAGCAUAUCCUCCCGGACAGUAUGGCGUUCCAGGGACUUACCAGGCACCCACUACACCCACUGGAGCUCCCUCUUCCAUGCCUGUAAUGGAAGAUCAGUCCUCCAGUUAUUCCUCCCAACCCAAGCCCCCUACUCCAACAACCCCUCAGCCACCCUCCCAAAGCCCUACAUCCUCUGACCAGCCCCCUCCCCCUCCUCCACCCUCUAUACCUCCCCCACCCAAUGGUCAGUACACACCAACUCCUUCCCAGACCCCCUACAGUCCUAAUGGAGCAAUGCCAUACAGUCCAACUGAUUCGAACUCGAUGCGAAGCUACAGUCAAGGGCAGGUUCGGCCUUCGUACCAGGGUUACCAAGCUUCAGGAUUUCAGCCUUCCCAGCAGCAGGGUCCAGGUCAAGGGGCAUACGGAGGUGCAAGCAGGAUGGAUGGCAACAAAAAAUCUAACCUUCCCAAUAUGAACAUGGGUGGCCAGCAGUUGUGGCAGCGCAUGAAACAGGCUCCUGGAGCAGGUGCUGUUAAAUUUAAUAUAUCAAAACGUCCAUAUGUUACGGCCAAUCAAAGCUUUGCUUCAGGCGAGCAGUCCUCUGUACAGGGUUUGCCCAACGUGUCUACCACAGCGACACCUGGAUCUGCGACUGCAACAUCUACCGUUACAGCAGCAACGGCCCAAGCUCGACCUCAGGACUGGCCACAGGCCAUGAAAGAGUAUGUGCAGCGCUGCUUUACAGCCUGUGAAUCUGAAGAAGAUAAGGAUCGUACAGAAAAAGUGCUAAAAGACCUUCUGCAGUCCAGGCUACAGGAUGGCUCUGCUUACACCAUUGACUGGACUAAAGAACCUCUCCCAGAUCUGAAGCCCAAGCUGUCUCGCUGGGAAGCAGUUCCUCAACGCUCUCAGGAGAAUGCUGUCGGGAGAGGUGGAGCCACUCGAGGUAGGGGCGGGCCCAGGCUGGGUAAUUAUAGAAAUGUAUUCUCUCAAAGAAGCCCCUCUUCCAGCUCAUCCCGAUCCUCGUCACGAUCACCCUCCCCUCACAGCCGAAACCGAGACAGGAGUCGACAUCACAGUGACUCAGGCUCUCAGUCAGAUAACAGCAUGUCAAAUGAUGCUCGAUUCCUACUGACCCGACGGCAACAAAAGGGUGGACGAGGCCGUGGUGCAGAAAGAGGUCGAGGGGGAGAGAGAGGCAGAGGAAGAGGCAAAGCAAAUAGAGGGCGGAGAAAUAUGGAAGAGGCAGGCAUUGGUAUUGGUAAGAAGCGCAAAGGUGGUAAUGCUGGUCUUGACUUUCACGACCCAAAUCGCGAAGCCAAGAAGCAAAGCCGGGCUGCACGCUUCCACACUAAACUGCGCACUGAGCCUCUGGUAUUAAACAUUAAUGUAUUCGACGUGCCCAACGGGACCCAGGAAGGGCUCAGUUGGGAUGAUUGCCCCAUUGUUGGCACCUGCCAGGACAUCACCAAAAAUUACCUGCGUCUUACCUGCGCCCCUGACCCUUCAACUGUUAGGCCUGUUCCUGUAUUGCGAAAGUCUCUAGUUGCGGUUAAAGCUCAUUGGAAAACCAGUCAAGAUUAUUUGUAUGCAUGUGAACAAAUGAAAUCAAUACGCCAGGACCUUACUGUUCAAGGUGUGCGUACAGAGUUCACAGUGGAGGUGUAUGAGACACAUGCACGAAUUGCUCUUGAAAAGGGCGAUCACGAAGAAUUCAACCAGUGCCAAACCCAGCUGAAGGCUCUGUAUAAAGACUGUCCUUCAGACAACGUAGGAGAAUUCACAGCUUACAGAAUUAUCUACUACAUCUUCACUAAGAACUCUGGAGACCUGACAACAGAACUUGUGUACCUGACCCCUGAGCUUCGCGCUGACCCGUGUGUAGCCCACGCUCUUGAGCUCCGUACAGCUUGGGCACUUGGAAACUUCCACCGGUUUUUCAAAUUAUAUCGGCAAGCUCCACGUAUGGCCUCUUACCUUAUUGACAAGUUUGUGGAGCGUGAAAGGAUGCAGGCUUUGAGGGCCAUUAUCAAAACGUUCAGGCCCUCUGUGCCGGUGGAGUAUGUGCAGUCCAGCUUGGCCUUUCCAGAUUUAGACACAUGUUUAGCAUUUCUAACAGGGCUUGGGGUUACAUUCACCCCCUCUGACCCUAGCAAAAUAGAUUGUAAAGUCAGCUCAACAUGUUUGUCCACCUCCUAAUAUGGGGAAAAGGGGGAGGGCCAUUCUCACCUUAAAAAUUACAGUACAGAGCUUAUAAAGACAGACUUUAGGGACCAUAUAUACACAAUCAGAUACACCCACAGUUUACAGCUGAUUAGUUUAGAAAGGGGAAUUCUGAUUUUGUUUUUUUAACUCUUGUAGAGUCAUGGACUUUCUGACAGAUGGACAGUUAAUAGAUCUGUGAUCCACUUUACAGAUACACUCACUUAGGUGCCAUUUUAAAACCCACUAUAGCCUUCUCACCCAGCCCAUUAGUAUUUCCUACUCACCAGUGAUUUCAUUGGCUACUUUAUUCCUUUAAACAACAUAACACGGCAAAGAUCUUACCUGAGCAGUUAGAAUAAGACCGAUUCAGGCCGCUGGAAGGUCUCCCACAUCAUAGACCUCAAAACAUUUUUAACCUAACAGUGUUGUGUGUUCAUGUUUUUUUCCUCUCAAGCAAACAGCCAGAAAUCUCAAAACAAGAAGGUUAAGGAAGAAGAUUGAAUAUAAAGUGAGGCGGUUUACACAUGCCAUCUCAUCCAGUCUGUGUUAAGUCGCAGUGUAAGAUGCAAGAUGUCUGAACCAAAACAACCCAGGUGUCAUGUUUGAUGAACUUUUUAAGUGAGCUUUGCGGCAUACCUGUGAUUUAGGAAGAAGAGGAUGGUUUGUAUCUUUCCCCUUGCCUAAGAUGUCUUCAGUAAGUCGGUGGAGGUGCUCUGUUAGUUUUCCAGCAUCUUUAAUCGUCAUGCUUACACGUUAAGAUUUGGACUGAGAUAUCACAAGAACCCACUGAGAGAUUCAAGUCGACCUGAAAUCGAAUCACCCAAAGAUCCUCUCUCGAUCUUCCCUCAACACCCAAGGAGUGCAGCUAGAUGCAAUGGCUGCAGCAUUUCAGUGACUCACAAAUUUGAACCCCGCCCCUGCUGUAAUCCCAGGCCAGAUGUUUUAAAGUCCAGGUCUAACAGCGAUAAGUUUGACCACCAGCAGCGAUCCACCGGAAGGCCGAGUCCCCAUCACUCAACAUGGAUGGUCCUGUGUUCAUCAUGCAUUAAGCCUGACCAGGUCUUGAAGGAAAAUCAAGAGUAGUUUCGUAGCAAAAUGGCUGAUGUCUCUUCUCCAGAUGGUGAUGUCAACUAGUUACCUAAACCUUGUGUGGCAAGUUCUAUCCCGCAGGUGUUUGGAAAUGCAUGGGUUUGUAUGGCUGUGUCUCCUUGUGCGAUGUCCACAUAAAAGAUGAAUGCGUGUGUGUGGCCGGUAAGAAGGACUUGAUUUCUUGCAAAAUCUCAUCAUCUCUUCUGCUGAGGUGUUGAAGUAAAUCAUUUUUCAUCUAUCAUAAAUGUCAUUUUGUAAUGAGCAUCAUCAGCAAAAUUGAAGUAUUAGUGACACCAAUCACCUGUACUAGGACUCAUUUACAUGCAUUACUGUGCAGCAGUAAGUCAAAGAUUUAUACAUUAUAGCAAUUUCACAAAGUGAAAGAUGGAUAAUCUAUUGCUCCAAGAUCUGUAACGGACUUGAUAUUUGUGGCUUUGCAGUCGUCAUACAGAUAAAAACUCGCCUUUUUAGCAUUUUCGAUGGGAAAUUCAACAUUUAUUUAAUGACCUACCAGCAUAGAUCGGGUUUAGGAGCUUUGCUUGGAGAGGUUAAAAGCAGAAUACGUCCCUGACACCUCAUUGGUGAAUUGUGUACAUAUGUUGAAUGUAAAUAAUGUACAUACUAAGAUUUAUUUUUCUUUAUAGUACUUUGGUUUCAUUGUUUUUGUUUGUUCCAUGGUAAGUGUCUCUUUGAUCCAUACAGAAAGUUUGAUGGCCGUUUUUAAAGUUUAUAGUUUUUUGUUUUUUUGCGGAGCGUACUCAUUGGUUUGCAGUUUGGUGUGAAUAAGUGAUUAUUAUAAAAUGCUAUUUCAUGUCUAGGGAAGCCCGACAUUUCAGAAUUAAUUUUCCAUGUUAUAUGAAGAAGUUGAGCAUUUUGUGAAUUUGGAAUAUGCCAAAUCUUUCUCUUGUUGAUCAUUACUAAAUAGUCCUUGGGAGUGAUACCUCUUUUUUUUGACGACUUAAGUCUUUUUUGUUCUUCACUUCCUCCGACUACCUGUAACUUAUUCAUUUUUGUUCAUCAAUGUUUCUCUUAUGAAUAAUCCCCCAGAUUUUUUGCCACCAUGAUGACUUCAACAAAACCCUUAGUAGUUUGUGAAUAGACACACAAGUAUAUACACAACAAGAAAAAGAUUUGGUUUAGGCACAAGUGAGGACACUGUUUUGUUUUACUAUCUGCAGGCCUGAUUACAUUGAUGCUUGGCAAACAUUUCACUUUUCUAGAGUAUGUUAAAGUUUAAUUUUCUUUGGACACUUGUAUUUGCAAAUGAAUUAAUUGUUAUGAUAAUUCUUGUUGACUUAAAAAUGACAUUGCAUUCUGUUCUCUCCUCCUUACCUUAUAUUUUAACCCCUCCCACCCCCUGUCCUCUCUCUCUCUUCCUGCACUCCCUCAUUACCAGAUUCUCUUUCUUUUCUUGCAGUCCUGCAAAAUUGGAGCAAAGCAAGAGAUGAGCAGAUGAGAGCAAAACUUUUCCAGAGACACACUGGAAAUGGGCAUUGAGACAUCCAGACAUCAGCUUUAUUGAGUCUUCAUUAUGCUUGUCUGAUGCUUCUGUCACAUUGAGGAGAGCUUGGUGAUUUCAAUUUGCAAUAUUUCCCCUUUGAUUCUAUUUUACACUAAACUUAAUCUUAUGAAUAAAGGAACAAACACUUGCCUAAUGUCAGUUUCUGUUUUAGUUAACAUUUAGUAUAGUUUUGUAUCGAUAUGUUUGGGUAUGUCUUGUGUCCAUUCUAAUUAACAUUGCUGGUUUUAUCAAUGAUUUUUUUUUUUUUUUUGACUGCUUAAGCAUUUAUUUUGUUUUCUUUUUUGCUUUUGUUUGUUUUGUUGGCUUUCAUUUUUUUUCUUGUGUACACUAAAUGGGUUUGAAUUUGUAUGUUGCUGUAGAAUGGCAAUGUAGACAUACCUGGACAUACAUUUUUAAGUUUUGUAAAUCCAAUAUGCCAUAACAAAAGUCGAUUAAGCAGUCAUGGUAUAAAAGCAGUUUGGUGAAAUCCUCAAAGCUCUCAAAGUUAUCAGUUUUUAUUGAGAAUAAAAUGUUGACAUUUUGCCCCUAAUGCAUGUUAGUUGAAUUUUGGCCUUUAAAGCUGUAUUGCUCUCUCAAACAAUGUUAAUCUGAAUUAUUUUUUUUUCCAUGAAAUGUGUAUUUGGCUAUUCUGAUAUUGCAGUUGUGUAAUUUUCUUUCCAGCAGUUAUUACUCACAGUACCAUCAGUCUCCUCAAAUAUUGCUUGUCCUCUUCCUUACACCCGUAAUUUAUUUAAUCUUUUUCCUGCAUCAACUCUCUGCUUCUCUGCUUAUAUUUUUGCUUCUUGUAUUUAGAUUUGGCUCGGUGUAUAUCAUGGUCUCUCUCACGAGUAAUUCUGUUAAUUGCCUCUGCUUUGUUUCAUAAUUCUCUUUCCCACUUUUCUUUUCCCUUUCUAAAUGUUUCUCCUCUAUCUCCCUAUUUCUUUCUCUUUGUGUCAUGUUGUAUAUUGCGAUGUUGUGGUUGUAGAUUGGUUAUAUGUGCUCAGUGCUUGGCAGUAAGUAUUUCCACAGGAAUGUGCUUGUUACCGUUUCUCUUACAGCUCACCACUGAAAGUCCUAAAAUCAUAUACAUUGGAGUUUAUGAAUUUACUGCCUUUUGUAAAUAUUAAUUUGUACAUAAUGAACCUACUGAUCUUGAGAAAAAAUAAAGUUAAAAUCUAA